CUCCAAAGUCAAAAUAACAAAACCACGCCUUUGGCUACUGCCCUUACAAGUCAUUUUCAUACAUUCAGUUAUACCCCCGCGCUACAUUAGCUAACUGCUUUUUUCUUUUUUCUUUUUUUCUUUUUUCUUUUAAAUUAAAAAAAAAAAAGGAAGGAAAUUUGGAGUGCGCAAUCCACGUAAAUUACCUGCAAUUAAAUUUUAUUUUCCCUUUCUCCCAAAAACCACAACCAGUUUUUAUGAUCCGAUUUUGUUUCUGUAUAUGAAAAAUUCUUCCGAAAAGAUCCAUUCUUCGUUCGUAGGCUUGUGUUCAUAGAAUUUGCGCAAUGAGCUCUGGAGAUGCUGCCCUUCAAUCAUCUUCUUCUAAGGCAUCCAAAAAACCUACAUAUUCCAGGUUUACUCAGCAAGAACUUCCAGCAUGCAAACCAAUCCUUACUCCUGAAUUGAUAAUGGCAGCUUUCAUUUUUCUCGGCAUAACGUUCAUUCCGAUCGGUCUUUCGCACUUGUCUGCUUCCGACCAUGUGGUUGAACUUAUAGACCGUUACGACGAGGAUUGCAUUCCCGUCGAUAAUUCAAAUUCCGAAGCCGCGUAUAAUAAGAGAAUUGGAUAUAUCCAAGAUGUCAAAACAGAUAAAACCUGCACAAGAACCUUAAUUGUUCCGAAAAAGAUGAAGCAUCCUAUCUUCGUGUACUAUCAGCUCGACGAUUUCUACCAAAACCAUCGCAGGUAUGUGAAAAGUAGAAACGACGAGCAGUACAGAAACCCUGCAGCAGAUCACAAAACAGCACACUGUGAACCGGAAAGCAUGAACAACGAUAAUCAACCAAUAGUCCCGUGUGGACUUAUUGCAUGGAGUUUAUUUAACGACACAUAUAGUUUCUCGGUAAACGGAAAUUCGUUACCAAUUAACAAAAAAGGCAUUGCGUGGGAGAGUGACAAGACACAUAAAUUCGGGUCAAAAGUCUACCCGAAGAAUUUCCAAAGCCGAAGUCUAAUCGGUGGUGCUAAGCUUAACGAGAGCAUUCCUUUGAAUCAACAAGAGGAUCUUCUUGUUUGGAUGAGAACCGCGGCACUGCCGAAUUUCAGGAAAUUAUAUGGGAGGAUAGAAACUGAUCUUGAAGCUAAUGAGAUGAUUAAAGUAGUGAUUAACAAUAAUUACAAUACUUAUACUUUUAAAGGUAAAAAGAAGUUGGUUAUUUCGACCACGACUUGGAUUGGCGGGAAGAACGAUUUUCUCGGCAAGGUUUAUAUCACAGUUGGUGGAAUUUGCCUUUUCAUCGCUGUCGCUUUCAUCUCCGUUUAUCUCAUCAGGCCAAGGCCUUUAGGGGAUCCAGCUUACCUGUCCUGGAAUUUGGAUCCUGCAUCCAACUAAUUAUUAUGAUGAUGAAAAAUUUGUAGUUUUAAUUCGUCGUCUUUUUCGAAUUGAUGAUACUUUUUUUUCGAAUUGGAUGUCUUUUUUUGUCAUGGAU